GUGACAACUAACUGUUCAUGCGCAGAUUCUUUCUUCUUGUGUAUUUAAGACGGUGAGCUUAACAGUUUUUCACUCUUGCUACAUUUCAGAUUAAGUACUCUCGAAAGGACCCAGUGAUGUUUUAAAGGAAGUUGCACAAGUGUGCUUGAAAUCUAAGUUCAACGAAAAUCUCACCACUAUCAUUUUAACAAGACACGCCAUAGAAUGUCAGGUUUAAAGAGUUUGCAAUGGGCAGCUACUGGUAAAUAUGUCCGACGUUAUUUUUCUACAACACGUUUUCAACAUAGCAGCACUGGUCAGGAUAUUGACCGCAACAUGAAACCAUUGGAAAAACUCUCAAACCAAACCAAACAGAAGAAUAAAGUCACUCCUGUCAGAUACCAAUCGAGCCAGCCUAAAACGGCCGGUCUUGCUAGUACAUCGACAGUAAACAGACAGCGAUACAUCCAUCCCAGCGCUUUGGAGACUGUAGAUUUAUCUCCAUUGGAUGACAUGUUCGAUGACAGCGUAUAUACACGCAACGUUGAAAACUUCGUGGGAACCGUAAAGGUGCCAAUAGGAAUGGUGAAUGUUAAUGUAAAUGGAAUGCAUGCCAAUGGACCGUAUGCUGUUCCACUUGCCACAACAGAAUCAGCUUUAGUGGCAUCGUACUCAAGAGGUUGUAAGCUUAUCAAUGAAAGUGGCGGUAUAAAUACGGCUGUCCUAAGGAAAACCGUUCAGAGAGCACCAGAAUUCGUAUUUCAAAAUUUACUGGACGCGUACAAAUUUCUCCAGUGGUUUAACAGUCCGGACCUAUUUCCUAUUAUGAAGCAAGUUGCAGAAACCACAACGAACCAUGGCAAGCUGAUGAAAAUAGCUGCGAAUUUGCAUGGCAACAAGGUUAUUACAAAAUGGAAGUACGAAUCUGGGAACGCAUGUGGUCAGAAUAUUUGCACUUUUGCAACAAAUGCAGCCAUUCAACACAUACUUCCUAAAGCACCUAUUCAGCCGAAAGUAUGGUAUCUAGAGUCGGGAUCUUCCCAAGACAAGAAAGCAUCGUCUGGGUUCUUCAAUGAUACCAGAGGUGUCUACGUUACUGGUGAAGUUGUGUGUCCUAAAGAAGUUGUAGAGCGAAUUAUGAAAACAACAGUCGACAAUAUAAGCGAACUAAAUCAAUCCGUAUUGGUGGGUCAGCAUAUGCAGGGAUGUGCUGGAUUAACUUGCCACACUGCCAAUGCGUUGGCCGCUGUUUUCAUCGCAUGUGGACAAGACGCCGCUUGUGUCUCCGAAUCUCACAUCGGCAUCACAGAAAUGAGGAAAACACGAGAGGGCGACCUACGACUUUGCAUUACGAUUCCAUCAUUGAUGAUUGGAACUGUUGGGGGCGGCACAUCGUUGCCCUCGCAGAAGACCUGCCUUGAUAUGUUACAACUUCCAAAAGAAAGUAGUCGAGACGCUUUUGCUGAAGUAAUACUGGGUGUGCUUUUAGGUGGCGAAGUGUCACUCACUGCCGCAGUUACUGCUCACCAAUUUUCAACAGCUCAUCACAAAUAUGCCCGUCAAGGCACCGGGAUCAGCAACCGAACAUAAUCCUGCGCUGACAGAGGAAAGUCGGAUUGUCGAAAUUCCAAGACAUGUAGAUAGCCAUCAUCAAUGUCAACGUAAUGAUUGAUAUUAUUUAGACUUUUUAGAAAUUGUAUACAUUAUAUUAAAUAUGAAAUCAAUAUUGUACAUACUACUACUACUACUAAUAAUAAUAAUAAUAAUAAUAAUGUGUUUAAGAUAAAUAAUGUAAUAUAGUCUGUUUUUUUUUUAUAAACAGCAAGACAUUUUUAUGACAACUUUUUUAUCAUAUAAUAAAGGUUAGCUUUAAUAUAGAAUAAAUUACUUUUACCAAUACUGCAAUAACAUUGUACAAAAUCCUUCAAAUGCACUAAUGACGGUAAGAGCUAGAACGUACUGACGUCAUGUAGAAUCAUCAGCGCAUACGAGGACACGUUGUCCUCUUCGUCUGAAUUCCAGGACGCAGUGUCCCCGAGACUACGUUGUACAGAUAAUUCUUCCUAUGGGCACGCCGCACAGUGGGCCAGAAUCAAUUCAAAGUGUGCCAAAAGUCGAAAAUAGGUAAUGUGACAACUUCAACUUUUAAAGGUUAUUUGAUGUCGAGAACAUCCUAAAUUAUAUUAAUCCACCAAUAAUUUCAUAUUUAGUGAAUUUUCAUAGUGUGAUAUAACCAUGUAAACAUGAAAAAGUUGUAUUUUACUCGUAAAAUGAUAAAAUUGACAGUUUUGAAAAACUCCCUAUAACUUUACUUAGAUGAAAGCAGUCAACCUGAUACUUCUUGCAGUAUUUACCUAUUGUUAACUAAAUUAGAUAGUAAAAUAAAAAAUGACAUUAUUGGUAUAUUUUUAGAAUAAAGGACACUAAAUAUGAGCCAAAAACGCUUAAAAACAUUUUUUUCAUAAAACCAACUUAAAAGUUAAAAUUGCCGGCGAUUUUCGUCAUGCUUUUGAUAUUAACAUUUCUGGCAGAGCCUAAGCUUUACGUUGAUGCCAAGUUUAGCUCCCAAUAUCUGCCACCCUGCAUUUAGCAAGCGAUUUAAUAUACCCCCCUUACAAAAGCGCCGUUUUUAAAUUAAGGUAUACGAUAAAAUCAUUCCUGCAAACAUUGGGUGCCAAAUGUAAAAACAAGUACACUCGAUUUCCAGUGUCGUAUCUAGGAGUGAAUUGGGGAGGAAGAUCAUUGGUGGAUCUGGAGGAGUCAGGGUCCUGACCACAACCCCUUGGACAAAAACAUUAAAUAAAUAUUUAAAAAAAUAAUUCUAGACUUACUUUUCCAGGACCCGUAAGCUGAUUAUUGAAUUUUGUGUUACAAUUGGACAAUUAAAUGUCGGGAAUGCUCAAUCAAAAUUUUGAUGGGGGAUGACCCCGUUUAAAAAAA